ACUGGGACUUGCUACAAUUGGUUUCGUGCAAACUCUCAGAGAGAGUUAAUUCCAUGAACUGGACGAUAUCGCAUACAUGGACUCGAGACGCGCCGAGACGCUCGAGGCGCUGUCCGCCUACAUACAGACUCAGAAGUCUUUGUUCAGUCGUGCAGAGGCCGAUAUAGACAGGCUUAGGAAACUGAGGACAGAUGCGCUUAGCCAACCCAAGAUCUUCACCGAGAAUAUCGGUUCGAAGUUCAAUACUCCUGACUUGAGGUUGUCGGAACAUAAUGAGUGUUCCGCAUCUCCCCUUGCGAACGAGCUUCAUUGGCAGGUUUUCUCCUCGGCUGACCCCACACCUUUACGAACGUUUGCGGUCCGAAAGCGUCUUACACACACGGAGUGGAGCGUGCCGCACACCACUCAACAUUCCCCUCUUUCCGCCCUCCAACAAUUCGUCAAAGAUGCACGGCGAAUCAUCAUCGACCCAGUCCUGGGAAGCCUAGACCCUGAUAACGCAGUAUAUCUUACGUCUAAUUCUAAUCUUAACGCAUCUCCAUUCCAUGCCGGUCUAGAUCUGCCUACGUUAUCCGAGGACGAAGACAUGGAGGAAGAGAAAGAAACCAAAUCACUACCUGUUCAAGAAUCCUUCACAGCUACGCGCAGGCGUGAGCGUGCACAUGCAAAAAUACAGAAACUCAAAGAGAGAAAGAUUACAUAUGACGCCGUCGCUGAGAACCGAGAGGUGGCUGACGCAGUAUUUGUCAGGAAUGAUGUAGAUGAUGAAAGUGGGGAGGUUGAUAUCAGCGAGAGCAGCCUCUGGCCAUCAGGCAACGACAGUACAUCCAUGGAUGCGGAUGAUUCCACAAAUACGACUGUCCCAUCUACCCCAUCCACAAUAGCACCACCAGAGCUUGUUCAGCCUUUAGCAUCAUGGUCCAGGAGACACACUUCGACCGUUAAUAAACGACAAUCCCUUGUCACCAAGUCUGACAGCCUCAGUCGAUCUUCCCGUUCGCGCAAGCCAUCUCUCAAGCUCCAGCCUCGGUCGCUCGACACUAACAUGAAGACCAACGCCGAAUCCAUGACGAUCACCAUCCCCCCUCUUUCUACUCUCGGCAAACGCUCCCGUAACUCAGCUGAUGUCAAGGAUGUUAACCACAAGGGCAAAGCCGAGCCAUCACCACCCGCACUGGAACCAAAAGCAGACCCAGACAAGCCAAGACCCGAAACUUAUAAGCAGGCAUGGUCAGUAUCUGAGCAGCACCUGCUCGAGCGGCUCCUCGAGGAGAUUCCAGAUGGUGAGCGCAAUCGAUGGGCAAAAAUCUCCCAGGCCAUGGGUGGUCGCCGGACACCACGCCAGGUUGCGAGUCGCGUUCAAAAGUAUUUUGAAAAGUUGAAACGCUUUGGUGUAGGCGUUGAAAAGAAAUCAAAAACAAGUUCUAGGAGUUAAUCACCUUGCAUACCUUACGAGAAAUACAGUUUAAAGGUUAUUGGGAGAUGUCGACACAACCAAAACAUAAUAAAGAAGAAACGGCUA